CAGUCUACUCUGCGUCCCUGCCAAAGGGAACGCUCUUUCUGGCGUUUCACGAGCGCGCCCCGUUCGGGACACCCUGCUGGGGGCCAACCAAGGGCUUUAGAGACCUUCUCGUGUUUUGUAAAAAUAAAAAAAAAAGAACGGUCGUAAGAUCGUUGUUCAGUCGUUCAGUUUGUUACUAGUUUAAUAUCUCUCCAAAGGAAGAAGCGCGUUCGCGCGCACGACGCUAACUUCACGCCGUGUAAGCGCAUCAGAAGCGAGAGAAAAGACUCUACGCUCUUCCUACGCUGUUUCGUUUCGGCCUUUCCGAUUGGCUGAUCGGCAUCAUUCGUCGCCCCUCGCGACCAUUCCCGAUCUGCGACACGCACGCGAUUUUCGUAGACAGUCGGACAUUUUCCGUCCCGCAUCUCGCUAAGCUCGACAAGUGACGGCUCCUCCAGUGUUGUCGUCAUCGUCGUCAUCGUCGUCGUCAUCGUUCACGUUGAUUCUUUUAAUGCAAGCUUAAAGAACUGUUACGUGCGAGGUUUAAACAGCGGGAAUAGAAACGAUCGGUGUUUCGUGUUGCGAAGGACAAUAGAGAAAAAGAGAGAGAAGCGUGACAAAAAGAAGAGCCUUGUGCACAAGGGAAAAAAUGCUACUAGGGAAUCCUAGGGGGACAGAAGGACAAGGACGCUGAUACCAGUAAAGGAGAUACGAGGACGUUACUCCAGUGUGGGUGGUGGGCACGAGGGGGCGAUAGAGAGAAAAGGGAUCGAAGGGCGGAGAAAGAGUGACGCCGAGUGCGAGAGUGGGAGCGAAGGAAGUACGAGAGAGACGCCAAGUCCAGCCUUAAAUAUCGAUUUUGACAUGGACGACCUACUAUAGUCCGUCCAGCCGAAACGCGCACCUCGUGGCCUGACAGUUGACAGUCGUGCCUAGCUAUAGACCUCCGUGCUUCUGUGUCAGUUCUGCCGUGAAUCUAGUGCAUCGAACCCUGAUACUACUGCUUGGGAAGAGGAGACAUUUUGACUCUCUGUAUUUGUCUCUUGUCACACGACCUGUGCGCGUCGCCAUAAUCCUUUACGUUAACAGAGCGCCGUGAAGGUGACAGCGGAUAAAUAAAUAGUGAAACGGUGACAUAUUUAUUGCUAUAUGGUAACUUGAUGUGGGCCAUUGGUAUGGACUGACAUUUUUUUUCUCUCGUACGACUACGGGAAACGGGCACGCUCAUCGAUCGACCCGUAGUGCCAAGUGAGGAAGGAGGACUCUUCCUCUCGAGAUGAUGUACUCUCUGUGCUACUCCAGGUUAACUUCACGCGGAUCCCGCCCUACGUUGCCACACGCAAUCUACUGCCACUCGAUUGAUCUCGGCCAUCGUUUAACCGCAAACCUACACGACGCCGCUCGAAUGCUUCUCCGAAGCGACCACGCAACGAUCUAAGGUUAUACUCGCCUACGUGACAUAAUAACGCCGGCAUACGAAACUCCAUACAAACAGCAACCCACAUUUUUAGAAAUUCCACAAUAAUAAUACAUACCCCCCCACGUACGUAAAUCGUGAAGACGCUGUUACGGCCUUGGAAUCUUCACGAGAUACACUGCUGCCAGACGUCAGAAAGGAAUAAGUCGUCGUGAGGCGUACACUAAGGUUGCUUGUUUACCCAUUCGAGGAUUAUUAAGAAAAAGAAAGGGGGGCCUUGCACGUAGAAGCUACCAGUAGGAAAGUGCCAUGAUUCUCGCAACAGCCUAGUGCAAUAUUCUAUACAAUGUCCUAAAAGAAGGAAACGCGUAUCGUAACAGGGUGAGUGACUUUCGUAUGCCCUAAGACUCGUGCCAUCCGAAAAUCCGUCGGACCCGCUCAACGAUGACGGCAUGGUGUCCCAGAGCGGGUUGAGAGUGAACCGAGCUACAAAAGGGAGCAGUGAGAGAAUCGUAACCGGAAGAGAAGGGAGGGGAACAAGAGGUGGCGCAGAAGGUGCGGAAGGUGUUCAAGAAGUAGAAGGAGAGGCUAAGAAUGGUCUCGAGGUACGGUGUGGCUACGAAGGAGGGUGCCGUUGGGGUCGCCGUUGGGGUUGGGGCGAUGCACUGCCUCUUACCUCAUUGCGGAGGACCUCAUCAUCUGUCGCCUCAUCCUCAGAAUCCUAAUCACAACCAUAUACACCCCCAUAACCAUCACCCGCCGCCUUCGCCCAGUCCCCAUGCUCAUCUCAAUCAGCUGAACCACGCUCAGCACCAACUGACCAUCAACAUAAACCAUCAUCAACAUCAGACACAGCAAAGCCAGCAUCAGCAGGCGCAGCCGCAGUAUCGCAUCAUCACCGCUAGCGCCAGUAAGUGGACGAACGGACGACAAUAUUACAAAACGUCCGAACCGUACGUUUAUCAGAACGUCACCGCAACCCCCAGAUCAGACUUUCAUGUUGGACAGAAUUACGGGGGGCAGCCAGGUGGGCAGGUGGCCGGGGGUGGGGGUAGUGUAGGUGUUCCCGGAGGUCGAGGGCCACCUUCCCUUGGAGGUAUACAAUCCAUAGGGCAAUCUACUGCAGGCAUACCUCCAGGAGGACCGGCGGGNNCACAGCAAGCCCCGCCACAAGCCCCGACUCCCGGCGUUCAGCCACAACAACCUCAGGGACCCGCACCUACCACUACACCACCUGUGCACACACCUUCACCACAAGAAAUGGGGAAACAGGCUCAUUUACAGGCUCAACCUCCGUCAUUGCAGCAAGUUUACAUGCCCAAUCAGACAAGGCCAACUUCACAAGGUUACUAUCAACCUGGUCCAAGGCCACAGCAACCAAGAGGACUUAAUCACAGAAGUCAGGGUGGUGCUGCCCAGGUUGUCGGUAUGCCAGGAGUAGGCGCUGGUGGAGCCCAGCCUACGGCCAUGUAUUCGCAUCAUGGUAGUAUAGCGAUGCAACCUGGUGCAAUGUAUCUCCAGGGGCAGGUUUCAAGCUUGCAUACGGGACCACAUCAGCAGGGCGUAUACCCCAUGAACAAUCAAAUGCCCAUUCAGGUAGUAUUCACGGGUCCACCUCAGAGGCAUCAAGGACAUCAAAAUCAAUCUUUCUAUCAGUCCUAUCCGCCUGCACUCCUAGCGCAAAAUAUGUUUGGAUUCACGCAUGGUCCCGCACCGCAACAUGGAUACUAUUAUCAGACGCCCAGCGCUCCAAUAAAUUUGGGCAGACCAGGAGCAGGUGCUGUUAGCGGGGGUGCACAACAUGUCGGAGGCCCGCUGGCCGGUGCCCAAGGAGCUACCGUAGUACCUCAAGGUACGAUACCGCAACCUACGCAACAGCCCCAACCAAUACCCCCGAUGGCGAUACCUCUUACUCAGACUGACGUGUAUUCGGGACACAACGGUGGUGUAACGAACGUCACGAAUAGUGUUCCAAAGUACCAGAAGCGGAGAAGAGAGAAUGCUAUUGACAUUGUCGAUCCUAAGACUGGCAAGAAAAUUAACGAGGAUCUCUCCGACAACGACACAGCCACGCAGAGUGGCGAAUCUAGUAAUCGCGAAACACCGCAACCACAGAACUGUAGCGCAGAGGUGGUGGCCGAAUUCGCGGCUCGUGUUGCCAAGGUUGCGGCUGAGGAUACGAAAUCCGGGUCGCCGGUUCCAGCGAGCAUAUCGGAAGCUACGGUGACAACCGCCGGUAGCAUCGGCAGCAGUAACAGCAGCGCCAACGUCGUCACUAGCAUAAGUGUUACAAACACUGCUGCCACGAGUACUGCCAGUUCACCCGCGUCCCAAAACGCGAGCCAAAGUCCUCAAAACUUGAAAGUCCAAUCGAAUCAGAAUAACGACACUAAUAGUAAUCUGUGUAAUAUCAGUUCCCCAAUGCCGACGCAGAGUAUACCAAGCGUCACGACGCCGCUCAGUAGUCAAUCGUUAGGUACUUCUAGUAACGCGCUCCCGGUCGAGGCGUAUCCCGCGAAAACGGAGUCGAAACCGCUCCACUCCAACGUCAAAGAAUUCCAUCCGAGGAGCGAGACGAAGCAUGUCAUCGUCCCCGAGGAAUACAAAGCACCGACGCUCUUACCGAGCAAGGAUAAUGUACCUGCACAAACGGCCACGUCGUCAGCGCAGAAAGUCACCGAAGUGGACGUCAGUCCUACAACGGUAGACGCCACGUCGACGGGUGUUCCUCAAGCAACGGCAGUUCCGGCUAAUUUGCCAAUCCCGAACGUUGCCGAGGUCCCGAGUGUUCCUGUUGCUCCAGUUGCCGUUGCUGCAACCAGUGCCAGCACCGUUGUUCCUGUACGCGAGCCUUUCCCAAGUCUGGCGAGUAAGAAUUCCUCGAGUUCACCGCCACGUAGGAAAACGCAGAGUCAAUCAGCCGUCGCUGCGCUCGUCGAUCUGCCACCCUCUGGCAAAGAGCAGAAGGAGAGGAAGACCAGCGAGAAGAGUUCGAGAGGCGCUACGCCUACUCCGGCGUAUCAACCCGAGCAUCAUGAGAAAGCUAACGGGGAGACCAGCGUCGAGAAGCAGGAAUCUGACGUACCGGCCAAUAAAAACGAUGCCCAACAGAAGACUGCCGAUGGUAAAGCCACGCAAAAGCAGAAAAACAAGGGCAAACUCAAGCGCGAUAUCAAUCGCAAAGGGGCCGAGAAGGAAGGUACAGACAUGGAUGCUUUCGUGAACGUGGCACCUACAGCAAAACCUGAGAUCAAACAGCAGCAGCAGCCACAGGAAAUCAAGGAUAUCGAACCUACCAAGGAUAGCAACAAUGAAGCUGUCAAGGAGAUAAGUAGGGAGGCAAAAGAGAAAGAAGAUAAGGAGUCUGAGAAGCAAACGUCUCAGACAGAGAGUGUUGUCGUCGCUCCUGAGAUUCCGAAGGAAAGCACACCCGUUCAGCAAUCUCCUGUUGUUGAGAAACCAGUUGCUAUUCCAAACAAUAAGGAACAAUUCAAGGAGCCAAGUCCUACGAUUGAGGAUAACGCCAAGACCCAGGAGGUCUGUAAAAUGCCAGUCAAAACUGCCACGAAUGACGUCGUUGAUCAUGCCAAGAUCACGGACGAGAUUGAGCUGGAAUCUGUGAUAGUGGCGCAAAAGAAUGAGGAGAACUCGAAGGUCUCGGCGCUUGGCGCUACUAGCAGGGAGCAACAACCGGAAACGCCGGUCAUUGAGAAACAGAAUGAAAAUGAACCGCCUAAUCAAAUAGAUAGCACUCCCAAAGGGCAGCCCACUUUAAAAUAUACAUAUAAGGACGAUCAGUGGAGUCCACUCAAUAUGAGCGGAAAGAAGGUCUACGACAGGGAGUUCCUCAUGAACCUCCAGGAGGAUCCAAAUAGUAAAAUUAAACCUUUAAAUCUGCCGGACCUAGAAGUUGUCCUUAAGGAUAAUACCAGGAGUCGCAGCACAAUGGAUCUUAAACAGUUCAAGGAUCCGAGCUUCGGUAGACACGAUCUCCUGUUCCCUGGGUUUGCGAAAGGACCCAUGAAUACAAGGGUGCCACCCCUUAACAAGCGGAGUCAUCCCGGAAAGCCCAAGACUAAUAAGCCUAACGUGAUUCACGUUUCACUCUCGCUGCGCGAGGAUGUCAAGCUUCGGGAAACUGAAAACGCAUGGAGGCCGGCUCGAUUGAAGUCUGGUGACAUAGCAGAGGAGGAUGGUAAAACCGAAGACCUCUACAAGAGAGUACGCGGUGUAUUAAAUAAGCUCACUCCAGAGAAAUUCGAUAAAUUAGUUGGUCAAGUAAGGUCGCUGCCCAUCGAUACCCAAGAAAAACUGCAGGGCGUCAUUGACUUGGUCUUUGAAAAGGCCGUCGACGAACCCAGCUUUUCCGUCGCGUAUGCUCUCAUGUGUAAGGAACUUGGUAUGAUGGAAGUUAAUGGUGGCGACAAAAAGACGUUAUCUGGAAGACAGGAAAGCAGUGGUAACUUUAGGAAAUUAAUUAUUACACGUUGUCAAAUGGAGUUCGAGAAGAACUCUGCCGAUGAGAGCGCCCGAGUGCAGAAACUCAAAGAAAUCGAAGAAUGCACGGAUCCUGACAAGAAAAAGGAACUACAGGCGACCUUCGAAGAAGAAGAACGUCGGAUACGUGUCAAAUCAGUCGGUAAUAUUAGGUUCAUCGGUGAGCUUUUCAAGCAGUCUAUGUUGACAUCCAAGAUCAUGCACACAUGUAUUCAACAUUUGUUGAGUCAGCCUGACGAGGAGAGUUUAGAAUGCUUAUGUAAAUUGCUAACUACCGUUGGAAAAGGUUUAGAAUCUAAGGGACCGUCGUACCUCUCGCCUUACUUUGAACAAAUGCGAAAAAUUGCGAAUCAAAAGGGUCCUGGUAAAGUGAGCUCGAGAGUUCGCUUUAUGCUUCAAGAUGUGAUAGACCUGAGGGCGAACAAAUGGGUGCCAAGGAGAGACGAUAGCAAUCCUAAGACGAUAGACCAAAUUCAAAAGGAAGCGGAAUCCGAACGAUUAGAUAUGCAAUUGAAUAACACUCCUCUAAACACACCACGAAAAGACGAUCGAAACAAUGAUAGAAAACGAAACCGCGCCAUCGGUGGUUCAGUUGAAGAUGGUUGGAGUCAACCAAUUAGCAGAACUAGACAACCUUACUCUGUAGAAACUUCUAAAUUGAAAAACAAACCUCCUCCUAUGGACGAUCUUCAGCUAGGUAGUAGGAAUGUGUAUAUGUGGAAGAACCCCGUCCCGAUUUCCAAAACUAUCACACCUAACAAAUAUGCAUGCUUGGAUACCUCCGAUCAGGAUAAACAACGAAUGCCGUUGCAACUCUCUGGAUCGAGGUCAACCGGCCCCAGAGAGUACGGACGUACAGACUACAAAUCUUCCUAUGAAGGCAGAAGCUCACGUAAUGGUAACUAUCAAAUGAGCCGUAGUGGUUCGUCGAGUAGAGAAAACUCGUUACUCGACGGCUCCAGGAGUCAGAGUAUCUCCAUGCCUCCUCCAACGAUAAAGGCCGCCCCACAACCUGCGACACCUAGCAGUAAUAAGCCGCCAAUGUCUGAGGAGAAGUUCAUAAAGAUUCUAUCUUCCAUUCUGGAGGAAUACGUCUCAGAAUACAAUGUCGAGUACACGGUACAGGAGAUCCGAGAAAACUUCGACAGUUCGUUCCUUGCGAAAUUUGUGAGCGAGUCGAUCAAUAUAGUCCUUGAGAAGUCUACUGCUGCCCGAGAACGAGUUUCGAAACUGUUCUCGCAACUGAUCCUGCAGAACGUUUUGCCACUGACACUCUUCAGAUCUGGGUUCUCAAAGGUGUUGGAACUGGCGGAUGACCUGAUCAUCGACAUACCUAAGAUUUGGACCUAUUUCGCCGAGCUCUUUUCGCAAGUAGUGGAGGAAGGAGCGCAUCCAUUGUCCGAAAUGAAGUUGACACUGGCCACCUUAAGAAGUCAAGGUCAUGCUGGAAAACUUAUGGGCGAGCUACUUGCGAAACUAUCCAGGGACAAGGGCCCUAAAUGGGUUUCCGACAAGUGGGAUCAAAGCGGACUCAAAUGGAGUGAUAUCGUCGACGAGUCGAGAGAAAAUGUCGACGCGAUAAUUAAGGAUUAUAAACUGGAGUUCCUGACUGGCGAUUGCAAGAGCCUCGAAGCCGGUUCUGGCAGUCAAUUAACUAUGGAGCAAAUCCACGAGCAACUUAGGAACUUAAUGAAGGAAAAUAGCUUCGAUGAAAUUUGUAGUUGGAUUACCGCAAACGUAGGCGACAGAGCGAAAGAGCCACAAUUUAUCAGAGUUCUCGUGACUGCCAUUUUAGAAGUGUCCAUUGAACAAAAUAGGAGGAUAAAUAUGGAAACAUUCAAAGAAUUAGAAACGCUGAUACAGCGAUACGUGGAUGCGAACGACAAGCUUGAACUACAAUGCCUCUUUGCUAUUCAAGCGUAUAUACAUAAAAUCGAACACCCGUCCGGUGUUCUACUUCAAAUAAUUAGCGCACUAUCGGAUCAGAGUAUUCUCUCGUGUGAAUCGUUCAUCGCAUGGGAAAAUGAUAAGACUCCAUCAGAAUUUGAAGGAAAGGCUGUCGCUAUGAAAUCGUUGACGUCGUUCUUCACGGCAUUGAAGGAGGCUGAUGAUAGUGGCGAGGAGGCGUGAGGGCUGGUCGUACCGUCGCAGCGGCCAUGGUUUCUCGAUUGUGAAGAGUGAGGCGAGAGUUCGCUUGUCGGUCGUUCCAAACACCCCUGUGCACACGACUCUCUUCGUGUUUAAAAAAAUUAAAAAAAAAAAAGCAAAAACGAGAAAAAAAUAUACAAAUUUAUUAUUAUACAAAUUAUACAAAGACUUAAACUAUUUUUCCCUUUAAAGACGAGAAGUGAGGCCAAAUUACAGUUGUGUUUUAAAAAAAAAUACUGUAAAAGUUUUGAAGAAGAGACAAUGUAGUGGUGGUUGUGCGAGGGUGUAUGUAUUAUAGUCUAGAGCAACAAUAACAAUACGUUGAAGAAAAAGAAAGAACUAUGACGAUCAUGUGGUGGAGGAGGUGACGUGAGAAGAUAGAGAAAGUGAUGAAUGAAAAAAAAAGUAACACUGGACACACACUUUCCCUAUUUGAGAUACGCUAUACAUAAUAAUGAUAAAUGAUUAAUUAGUAAUUAUGAUACCGAAGUAAAUGCAAGAUAAUUAUUAUUAUACAUAGUUCAUUAAAAUGGUUUAAAGUUUAAAUAAAGCGAAGAAAAAAAUGUCUAUAAAGCGACAGCACGUUUUUAUGUCUGUCGAAAGAAUUAACCGGCGGUUACACGAAAUUCUAGGCUGAAAAUAACCUUUUAUUUAUUUUCUUUUUCUUUUCUCAAUAUAACCGUUGCUUUGCAACUGACGGUACAAUUUAUUCGACGUAUUGUAGCAUUAUUACAAGCAAAAGGAUGCUUUGUUACGUAUCUCUGGGUAUCGUAUUACAAGAUUCAAAUGCAUCCAUAGGCAUAUAAAUUCUGUCAAAAAAAACUAACCUUCGCAUACGAAUCAUACAUGAAGUUAAAGAAAAUGGAAAAUCCUAAUAAUAAACAAGGCUGAAAGCUUGCAAUGAUUUUUCCUAUUAGUGGACAAUGGCAUAGUGAGAAAAAGAUAAUGUAUAAUUUUUGCAUAUUGGCUCUUGUAACAGUGUCACAAGCGGGUCGUUGAGGUUAUUUUCUCUCUUUUUGGCAACAAUCAGCGUCUCUAAAGAGUUCCAGCUUAGGGCGUUCCGAGAAACACGACCAGCUGACACAAAGCUGAAGAGAACUUGAUUAUAUGGAUGCAAAAUUAAUACAAUAUUGUGUAUUUAUUGAGACGCUAUCUUUAUUUUUAUUUAAUUGUCAGGCGCGUAACUCGAAUAGAAACAUGGCGAUGCGAAUUUGUUUCUGUUUUUGCAUAAAUCAAAAUCUGGUUACGUAUUCGCAGCGAAAUCUUGUAAUUACCACUUUAAUUUGCAUUUUAAUUAUCUAAUUGAUAAUUUAUACAAGGCGGCACGCGUGAGAACGCGAGAUAGGACGAAAGGGGAAGCUAGAAAGUCAGAAAGAAAAACACCCAGUGCACAAUUCAACCACAAUAUAUUCCUAUCCGCUCCUGAGUGGAAUAAUAGUCUUCGUUCGAUACGAUAACAAUUUAUUGACGAAAGUCCCCGUGUCUUUUGCUUCCUUUACUGACUCUGUGCAUCGACGAAAAAAAGAAUCCCAUUUGCCGUCAGCAGAAAUCUGAUUCAUCGAAAUUUCUACGUUGAUAUCCUAUGAUGUCGCACCAAAUGCAUGAAACCCUCCAGCUCUGCCGUUACGAAAAAAAAAAAGAAAUACAAAACAAAAUUGUCCCUGUGUAUACUCCCCUUCCGCCUUUCACUCUUUUAUACAAAUAUAUAUUAUUUAUAACUUUUCCUAUUCUUACGCUGCGCGUCGGAUUUCGAUUUUCACAACAAUCUUCGCGUGCUGUUCCGCAGAAAGGUAUAGCAGAGAAAUAGAGCUACUGGUACAGGGAGUUUAUUUUAUUUACCUGUCACGCAGCACGGAUAUCCUUAGAGUUAAUUGUAAACGCAGGCGUUAUUUGUAACGAGUCGUGAAAUAAUGAAAAUCCGCAAUACAGUUUUCGUACUUGGCGUUAAUUUAAACAGAAACGUUUCGUCGACUGAUCAUUUUAACGCGUAGAAAGUAAAACCUGUUUUCAUUGUACUGAAAACUUGAAAUGCCUACUUGUAAAGCAUUGUAGUGUACAGAGCCUUUUACACGUGUAUCUUCCAAAAUAUUGGAGCUGAACUUGCGAGAUCAUUAAAGGUAAAUCAGAAUUGCGUAACUGUCAUUUUCUCUUUUUUUUUCGUACACACAAUUCAAAAGACACGCGACAAUGCACGCACGAGAUCGAUUAAACGCAGCGAUAACAGCGUGACUGUACUGUUACAGUUAUUUAACGAUAAUCCUAAGAUACCUAAAAGUCGAGGUUCGAAUUUAGAGAUGGGCUGAGCGUUAAAACGACGAGAAAAUAUAUAAAAAUUUCGAUACGGAAUCGCUAUUGUCUACGAUUAACGACGCCAUUGUUGGAUAGACGCUAUUGCGAAAGAAUCGAACGCGCUCAAAUUACAUGCGGCAAGGAAACUAAAAGUAAAAUUUAUAAUAUUAUUUAUGUACAAGGGGAUAAACUAAAAAGGGGAAUCUAUAGAAACGCGUACGUAGCGUAAUUCCGAGCACCGAACUUUAUACGAAAGUUCGAUUAAAGUCGACACAAUUUUUUUUGCUAGUGAAUUCCGCAGAUUUUUCUCCAUACGAAAUGUUACGCUUCGUACACGUUUGUUGAAAAACGCAUGAACAAUAAGAGUGACAGUAAUGUUAAAUAGUCGUGGAUAAACCGAGUGUGCGCGUAAUAACGUAAUAACUGUAAAUAUAAAACUAAAUCAUCAAUCGCGAUAAUACGAAGGACGAUCUAUAUAGAUAUAAAGACAGAGGCUGUUAUUGGACCACUCGUACGCUUUCCAAGCAUAUGGGAACACGUGUUUUUUAGCGGCGUCCGUUCAUUCCUCUGCUGAUGUUGUAAUAAUAUAAUAUAUAUAUAUAUAUAUAUAUAUAUAUAUAUAUAUAUGUAUAUUAUAUGCAUACAAAAAUUCAAUGUGUAUAUAUGUAUGUAUGCAUAAGUAUAUUCAUGUAUGUAAACAUUAAGAGAACACGGCAGCAGACAUAUGCAUAUACGCGUACACUUCUAUACAAAUCGUAAUCACAGUGAUGAAAAAAAAA